CAUGUAGUAAGUAAGACUUUUUUUUCCUCCAAGGAUCAGUAAUGAUUAGCAAAUAUUUGUCCAAUUCAUUUGCAGGGUCGUUCUUUAGGAACGAUGCCGGUCGCUGAGUAAAUGGGCAAAUUAUAAAUAACAAAUUUAGUGAAGCACGGUGGCUAAACAAUAGUGACAAUUUAUUGUAAUGAGUAAAUGAGUGUUAUGACUAAAACAGAAUGGUGACACGCGAAAAAUCUUGUUGUAAGGCUCGAAUAACAAAGGUUGUUCACAGACAUUCUAUAAACUUGGUUCAGUGUUGAAAAAUAAUUCCUUCAGUGGCCAGUUAUAGCAAUCACCUGCACUUGCAGCAAGUUUUCGGACGUAGAUUCACGAUGAAAUAUCUCUGUGAAGUUCUUCUCUUCUGUUUUUUCGUGACGGUGCUUUCGAACUCGACGAAAGUGUCGUCUAAAACAGCAAGAACCGAUAACGAUACGAAACAUCAUCCGCAUUGUGGUGUCAAUAACAACUAUUUCUACGCUGGUCCAAACUCCAAGAAAAUAGAAAAUAUGUUUUCUAACAUUCAACAACAAUUGACCAAACUUGAACAAGAAAUCCGAAACAUGAAGAACCAAACUUGUGAGAAGCAGGAUGGGAAAGCUGUUUAUAAGAACUGCGCCGAAGUUUACAAGUCAGGCGACAAGAUCAGUGGUGUAUACAAAAUCGAUCCUGAUGGUUUAGGAGAAUUUGAAGUCUUCUGUGAUCAGACAACAGCCGGUGGAGGAUGGACGGUGUUUCAAAAGAGAUAUAACGGUGCGGUAGAUUUUUUCCGCGGCUGGAAUGACUACAAACAGGGCUUCGGCAAUCUGAACAGUGAGUUUUGGCUCGGACUGAACAAGAUUCACCGCCUGACUGCGAGGAGCAGUGACAAGCUGCGUGUUGACUUGGAAGACUUUCAUGGUAAAACAGCGUUUGCAGAGUACAGUUCAUUCUCUGUGGCAAGCGAAAGGGCGAAAUACCUGCUGGGUUUAGGAGUUUAUUCAGGCACGGCUGGUGAUUCCCUCAGUCAUCAUCGCGGCUCACCAUUUACCACUAAAGAUCGAGAUAAUGACGCCUACUCAGGCAACUGUGCCUCCACGUAUACGGGCGCUUGGUGGUACAAGAAAUGCCAUUACUCAAACCUCAAUGGCCUCUACAUGAAUAAUAAAAAUGACGGUAAAGGAAUGGCGUGGUAUCACUGGAAAAAAAAUUAUAAAUCUGUUAAGAGGUCUGAGAUGAAAAUCCGUCCAAAGGACUUCUAAGGUUCAUCAUACUUUGAUAGUGUCAAAAGAUGAAUAUGUUCUCAGCAGAUGUAUAAGGGUUGAUGUAUUUUAGUUUUAAAAGUAAAGUUUUCAAAAAAAUCAGAAGUGCAUGAUUAUUAAUCAAAGUUAAAACCGCUGACGAAGCCAUAAAAAUAAAAUACUUCUAUAAAAGAGAUGUAGGUGUAG